AUGAAAUUCAGAGCUCUGUACAUACUGUGCACGCUGUGCAUCCCGUAUUUGCUGACCAGUUUAGCCAAUUUUUCGGACGAGGAGGUGUACGGAAAAGUAAAGUCCAUUGUGAACGAAGCAGACGAAUGCUCGCUGGACGACGUGGAGUUCAUAGACAAGUAUAAUGAAAAACUGUACUGGAUAUGGACGAACAACCUUUUCAGGUAUUUAAGAGUCAAGCUGUAUUUGUACGAAAGUGAUGACAUUUACAAAAAUGUGAAAGGGAAAAAUGGCAACACGCUGAAGGACGAUUUCUUUAUCUACAAAGACAGAGAGGAAUUCAUACGAAUUGCACUUAACAUCCUGUCCAAUGAAAAGUCUCUGGCAGAAAUGAUAAGUGUAUAUACACCUAAAAAGGAAAUAAAAUAUUUCCAAGAAUUAUUGGAGAAGCAGUUAAUUGACCUGCUCAUAAAUGAAAAAAAAAAUUUAAUAAACUCAUUUAACAAAUUUAAAUUGUUCCAAGAUUUUCGAGAUGUUUCAAAUUCAAAAUAUUUUUACCAGAAGCGCUUUUCACAGAGGGACGCAGAACAUAAAGCAGACGAUAAUGUAGGUACAGCCCGGAAUGAACAAAUGGAGGACGAUAAAAAUGGGGGGGUGAAUAAUAAGAGAACAAAAAAUGUAAUCACAUUUAAUGCUGAAGAAAUACCGCGCAUGAUGGAGAUGCCUUUCGACUUUUACGAUCGGAACAAGUGGAACAAAUAUUUUUAUUCCAUCAAUGAUGUGUAA